ACCUCCGACAAGCCAUCCAGGUCGACGAUACCACAGCCCACAAGGCCUUGAAGGACUGGAAAAAGGUCGACUACGAUAACGUAUUUUUGAAGGCUCGCGGCAGGUCCACCGAAUUCCACGUCAACGUGACGUUGGACUCUAUCAGCGCCCUUGGACGUGGCCUGCGGGUUGUUGGUGGUCUGAUGGGAGACAAGGUUCUCCACCGUCACCGGAUCCACUAUAUCAUCGUCUGCUUCGCCAAGCGAUGGGAGAGAAACCCUACAGUUCAAGAGGCCGACCUUGCGGAGCUGGUGUACGAUGUGUAUACGGCCGACAUGUUAUUAAGAAGCGAUACUAUCCAUGCGCCCCUCGUGCUGCCAUCUGACAAUCCGGUCGAUCCCAACGUCACAUUACUGAAGGAACUGACGGUCAUGCACACCAAUUUUCUCCGCGUCGCUCGGGUACUGCAAACUGAGUACAUCUGCUUGGCCAUCAAACACCAGAAUGUCUUCGGGGAUUCUCAGUCUGGUGGCGACCACAUGCUCGCCACCAUGAGCGCCAAUACGGGCGAGGCACUCCAAGACGAACUCACCAAAGCAGCUCAAUGCUUUGAGGUAGAGGCAGCUCGAGGACUCUGUGUAUCCAUUAGUGAAGCACAGUUUAUGGCCAGCAUGCUAGGGGACUACAUCAAAUCCAUUAUAGGCAAUGAAUCAUCCCAAAGCCACGCUCAAGACGGAAUGGAUAUUGAUGAGCCAUCAGGUACUGCGUCAGUUGCGGGCACUCAACACGACGAGCCUUCUUCAGAAUGGGAGGGAUUCGGCGAGUCUUCUUCAGAAUGGGAGGGAUUGGAUUGAAACAAAAAGCGGCGAAGGGUAUCAGGCGUCACGCCAUGGGAAUUUUACCCGGAGAAUAAAGGGGUGGACUGGACAGGUCAAGACGGGAAAGCAAUAUCAUUCAGGGGUAUUGUUUUUAUUUAGGUUUUCGGCGCUCAAUGUGUUUUCUAUCCCCGUUGAGUUAAUUCCACCGCGGAUAAUGGGG